AUGUUUGGACAACAUUCCCGUUCAAACUGUUUAUUUUUGGACAGUAUUCAGAUUGAUGGUGCUGUUGAACAUGAUGAUCUUCCAAAAGAGGUUCUUGAUUUGUUACAAAAUGAUGAUAAUGAAGGUGUUGUUGAUGCUGAGCACAAUGAUGUGAAGGAUCCACAAUUGGCUGUUGUUAUGAAUAAGUUCGAUGUGACUACUGAUAGUUCAGAAGCUGAUGAACAAAAUUCAAAUUUUGUCGUUGAUACUGCUCCGGAUACUUCUUUUAAUAAUACAGUUGCCAUUUCAACAGUUUGCUAA